AUGACAAAGUCAAAGGGUCAAGAUAAUGGGGUAAAAUGGGCUUUCCUAAUUGCUGGUUCCAAAGGUUAUGUAAAUUAUAGGCACCAAGCUGAUGUAUGUCAUGCAUACCAAGUAUUAAAAAGUGGUGGUCUUAAAGAUGAAAAUAUCAUUGUUAUGAUGAAUGAUGAUAUUGCUUAUAAUUUUCAAAAUCCAUACCCCGGUUAUAUACCUAAUAGACCCGACGGUCCAAAUGUUUAUUAUAAUGUUCCCAGGGAUUAUACAGGAAACGAAGCAACUCUAAGAAAUUUUUACUCAAUCCUUAGAGGAGACAAAAAGGCUAUUAGGAGAGAGGUUAAGGUUCAUAUUUUAAGGAAAGGGUUUAAACCUGACUACUGGUAUUGGACAUCUCAUGGUGAAAGUGAUCCAUAG